CUAGCUUCUGAAUAGUUCUGCCGGCUAUCUGCAUGUGAAUGGCAUUUGAGGCACUGGACGGUUCCCCAUUGCUCUUCUACCCUCUCCCUGGUCCUCUCUCUUCCUGGUGACUGAGCAGCUAGCACUACUCCUCAUCUACACCUCCGGACUUCAUUUAUCAAGGACAGAAGAUCGGCGUCACUUUGGCUGAAACCAGUCAUAUUGCAGGCAACACAUUGACUGUCUCUUGCGCAAUCUAUUACCUCAAGAACUGCUCUCUUCAGGACCGACUUAUUGAGCGCUGAGCGCGAUUCUCUUACUGUCACAACCAUUCUCAACAAAGACACCGGAUCAAUUGGAUUAGGAAAGCAGCUCAAGGAAACCAUUCGCGUGCUGUAAUCCUUCAAACACCCACCAGCCAGCAUGGCAUCGUCGCUAGAAAACGCAGCCCAAUCGAUCAGUGCUGAUGAGAUUGCUCUCUAUGAUCGUCAAAUCCGUCUUUGGGGGGUCAAGGCCCAAGAGAAGAUUCGGUCCGCAAAUAUCCUUCUGAUUACGUUCAAAGCAUUGGCAAAUGAAAUCGCGAAGAAUCUCGUUUUGGCAGGCAUCGGUACUCUUACUAUAGUCGAUCAUGAGACUGUUAAGGAAGAAGACCUUGGAGCUCAAUUCUUCAUAUCCGAGGAGCAUGUUGGUCAGAAUCGCGCCCAAGCUGCGGCCCCGGCGAUACAUGCGAUGAAUCCUAGAGUUCAGCUUCGAAUCGACACAGAAGAUAUCCAGACGAAGCAACCGGACUUUUUCGCGCAAUUCGAUGUUACCAUCGCCACGGAGCUUGACUUUCCAACUUACUCCACAAUCAACGCCGCAUGCCGCAUCUCCAACCGUCCAUUCUAUGCUGCCGGUUUGCAUGGAUUCUACGGCUUCGCAUUCGCCGAUCUAAUUUCUCAUGACUUCGUCAUUGAACGUUCCAAAUCGAAUGUUUCGCCGUCAACCCAAGAGACGCCCACCAGAAGCAUCAUCAAUAUCACCACAAAGAAGGAAAAUGACAAAAUCAUCGAGAUGGUGACCAAGCGGGAAAUCUACUCACCCCUCAUCCUAGCAAACACAUCACCUCUCCCUGAGGACUUGACCCGACUGCCGAGACGACGGAGACAGGUCACGCCACUUCUGACAUGCCUUCGGGCAUUGUGGGAGUUCCAGAAGCUUUCCGGAGGCAGAUUGCCUACAUUCUCCCGGCAAGAUCUUGAACUGUUCACCAAGCUUGCUCGUGACCGUCACCAAGAACUGAAGCUUGACAUCAGCACUUUGGACUCGGAAUUUUUACGAAACUUUUUACAGAAUCUCGGCAGCGAACUGAGCCCUGUGGCGGCGUUUGUGGGCGGUAGCCUCGCGCAGGACGUGAUCAAUGUGCUGAGCGCAAGAGAGCAGCCACUACAGAACCUCUUACUGUUCGACGGCGACAAGUCCGUCGCACCCAUCUACCCUUUGCAUCCUUUCUUCCCACCAGAGGUGGACAAUGCUCUUUCUGCCAUGCCUCCUGUUGCGAAUGCAAUUCCCAUCAACGGCGAACCGAUCGCCGCUCCUCUACCUACUAAUCUACCUACAAGCCUACCUACAAAUAUCUAAAACCUCCCAAUUGUCCCAGUUGCAAGUUGACCGGCGUGUCGGGAGAUCGCACGCACUCUCGAGGCUGCACCUCUGGUCUUCCUCUUAUGCCCACAUGCCUCAAUACUUUUAUGACAUGUACGAUAGGUUCGAAAAUGAAUCUGGCCAAACCAUCUUAAUAUAGACCGCGUCGUCUUUUUGAUACAGGCUGACAUAAAUAUUAGAAAAACA